UGACCCCUGACCCGCUGGGGGGCGCUUUAGCGCAGCUGCUGCUGGACUCUGCUCCGGUUUUCUGCUCGGGUAGAAGCACAUAAUGAAGGACAGCAUGGCAGACAGUGAGGCCUGAUGGAGCUGGUUGUGGUGCGGCGGUGAUGCUGUAAGGUGACCGGUGUGUGCGGUGGGGGAUGUUGCGCUGGACGGUGCAUCUGGAGGGUGGCCCGCGACGGGUGAACCAUGCCGCCGUCGCCGUGAGCCAUAAGGUCUACUCGUUCGGUGGGUACUGCUCUGGUGAGGACUAUGAAACCUUACGGCAGAUCGACGUUCAUGUCUUUAACACAGUGUCUUUGCGGUGGAUGAAACUGCCUCCAGUGAGAACCGGAGGGAGAGAACAUGUGCGGGAAGUGCCCUACAUGCGCUAUGGCCACACUGCCGUAUUAGUGGACGAUACCAUUUACAUCUGGGGGGGCCGGAACGACACUGAGGGGGCCUGCAACGUGCUGUAUGCCUUCGACGUCAAUAAUCACCGCUGGUACACGCCCAAAAUUUCAGGGACAGUUCCUGGGGCGAGAGAUGGUCACUCUGCCUGUGUUUUGGGCAAAUCCAUGUACAUUUUUGGGGGAUAUGAACAACUUGCUGACUGUUUCUCUAAUGAUAUACACAAGCUGGACACCACCACAAUGUCCUGGUCUUUAAUCAACGCUACAGGAACUCCGGCACGCUGGAGGGAUUUCCAUUCUGCCACCAUCAUCGGGACGAAGAUGUUUGUGUUCGGCGGUCGGGCGGAUCGGUUUGGCCCGUUCCACUCUAACAACGAGAUCUACUGCAACAAGAUCAAAGUGUUUGACACCGAGACCAACAGCUGGCUGAACACCCCCUCCACACCGCUGCUGCCCGAGGGUAGACGCAGCCACUCUGCCUUUUCCUACAACGGAGAGCUCUACAUAUUUGGGGGCUACAACGCUCGCCUAGAUCGGCACUUUAAUGACCUCUGGAAGUUUAAUCCAGAGGUUUUCUCCUGGAAGAAGGUGGAGCCGAAGGGGAAGGGUCCUUGUCCCCGGAGGAGGCAGUGCUGCUGCAUGGUUGGAGAUCGCAUCGUUCUGUUUGGAGGAACCAGUCCAUGUCCAGAGCAGGGGAUGGGGGAUGAGUUUAACCUGAUGGACCACUCGGACCUCUACAUACUCGACUUCAGUCCGAAUCUGAAGACUCUGUGUAAACUGGCUGUGAUUCAGUUCAGUCUGGAUCAAUCGGGACUUCCUCACGACAUCAGGUGGGAACUGGCUGCCAUGACGACAAACAGCAACAUCAGUCGCCCCAUCUUCUCCUCUCAUGGUUAAGGAAGAACACACCAGUCGAACAGUUCCGGACCCUGCGGUCCUUCAGCCUGAACCCGAUUCUCUGAGGACUGCAAUUAACUUUCAGACUCGUUUCUUUCUGGAUCUCCGUUUUCUCCUGGGUCUCUUUUUGUCCGUAAGCCAAGCCCCUCCUGGUUCCUCCUGGUUUCUCCUGAUCUCCAGUGAUCCACACCAACUUUACCUUUUUUAAGGACAAGCCGCAGCAGUUCUCUCGGUGAAGAACAGGCUUCUGCAGACUUUGAAAUCAUCGUUUUGGUGUUCUGUGGUGUCCCGGGUGACUGUGGUUCUUUUACAGUUUUGCAGAGUGGAGAGGUUUUUCACGUUUCUGAACUUUUCUCAAUCCUUUACAGACUAUUUUUUCCGUUUUGAGCAGAAUCUCCUGAUGUGAGCUCCUCCUGGUUCCUUGGAGUAGAACGUCAUUAAAAAUGGAUCCGUUUCAGCAGGUGACCCUUCAGAGAUCAGUGUCAUUAAACACUGUUCCCUAGCAGAGGGCGGAUAUGAACUGAACUGACCAGAGUGCAGCAGGUGUGAGUGUGUGUGUGAGUGUGUGUGAGUGUGUGCACGAGUGUGUUCUCCCUGGUUCAGGUUUGUGUUCUCAGCUUUAGGGAUCUGUUUUUUAAUUUUCAGACAAAUAGUGUCUCAAUUUCUAUCUCCUGCAGCUCUCCUCCUCAAACAUCUGACAAAGAUCACAUUGGUUCUGAUGGUGCCAAAUACAGGCUACGUUAUGUAUGUGUGUGUGUGUUUCUCAGGAGUGUGUACAGUGAGUACAGGCAAAGGGUGUGUGAUGCAGCACAGAUCAAUUUAGCCAUUACUCAAAGCACAGGGUGUGUGUGUGUGUGUGUGUUUGUGCGUGUGUGUGUGUGUGUGUGUGUGUGUGUGAGAGAGAGAAAGAGAGAGAAUAUGUAACACACUUUAGAACUCCCUCAGGAGUGCAUUGUGCACUACUACCCUUUGAUAGCACUCAGUACCCACCAAACUCUUACAGAGCAUCUGCGGUUCUGCAGUUACCCCCUUUUUACUGUUACUGACCUGCAGAACCCUGACCUCCUGGGUCCUCAACCACCCAAACCUGAACCCCCACCUGAGUUCUGUGGUGCGGGCAGGUUCCGUGUCAGCACUAGUGCUCCAGAGUUCUGCUGCAGUUCUGAGAUUGAACUGAGAUUGCGUUCGUUAAUGGCAGGGACCUGAUAAAACUUUCAUCAUGAAGAAAAUCAAUAGGUGUGUGUGUGUAUGUAUACGUGAGUGUGUGUAUGCGUGUGUAUGUGUGUGGGGCCUUUGUAUUCAUCACAAUUGAUUAUUUUAUAUAUGCAAGUACUGAUAAUGGUGAUGUUUAAUAAUAAUAAUAAUAAUAAUAAAGGAUGGAGAUGCUGCUGAUCGAGGGUUUUGAUGAUGAUGAGGAUGAUGAUGAUGAUGAUGAUGAUGAUGAGGAUGAUGAUAAUCUGUAUGAAGGUCAGGUGAAUGCUGAUCUCUCUUCUGCUGUGUGAUUCAUUAAAGUCACACAACGUGCCUAAUCACUGUAA